AUGAGUCGGAUGUUUCAGGCUAUUGAUGAGGCCAAGAAGCUGGGCAUCAGAACGAAGGGAACUGAACCGAAGGUUGGCGCUCAUGUCGAUAAUUGCACUGAAAUUUUAGCCCUAAUUGAAUUCCGAACAAUGGCUGCACAUCCGCUUGUUGGACUUCUCGGACGUCUGAAUCAUGUUGCGAUAAUCACGCCAGACAUGGAGAAAUCACGAAAACUCUACAUUGACCUUGGCGCAAAAGUUACUGAAACAAAGGCCGUACCAGAAUGGGGUGUGAAUACAGCGUUUGUUGAACUGCCAAACUCAAAAAUUGAAUUCGUGUAUCCAUACGCCGAUGACAGUCCAGUGAAGCCAUGGCUGGAUGCACACAAGGAAGGUGGACUGCAUCAUAUCUGCAUCGAAGUCGAAAAUAUCCAUAAGGCUAUCGAGGAGGCCAAGAAAAAGGGCAUUAGAACGAAGGGUACUGAGCCAAAGAUCGGCGCUCACGGCAAACUUUGCAUCUUCUUGGACCCCCAGGAUACGGGAAGCGUGAACGUUGAACUGGAGGAAAAAUAA